GAGGCCGUAUCUUUCAAAAAAAAAAAAAUAAGAAAAAAAGAAUUGAGGCCGUAAUUAGUUAAUACGUCAUAUACAAAUAUUCAAUAGACAAAACAUGUAACAAUUGAUAAAUGUUCACAUAAUACAAGCAUACAACUGGAAAGCACCUCAAACAAAGAUGAACAUUAACUGUGAGGACAAAGAGCAAUGUCCACGCGUGUCCUAAAAAUUCCAUGCAAUCGUGCCAUCAGUCGACCACAACAUGCAUCGUCUCCACCGCUUCCCCCCUCCUCACCCUUAUAGUGGUAUGCACUCUUCCUCUAGUUUUUCUUCAUCUCUGUCGUUUUUUAAUCUCUUUCUUUAGUAGUUUUUAGUGGUAAUUUGUGCGUCAAUUAUGGAGUUGAUAAAUACAUUCCUGAAUUUUGCAGCUCCUCCUUUUACUUUUAUAGCAUUGUGCUUUUUGUUGCCACCUUUUCAAAUUCUCAAGUUUUUCUUGUCUGUCUUCUCCUCUGUCUUCCCUGAAGAUGUUUCUGGCAAAGUCGUCCUAAUCACCGGCGCUUCCUCUGGUAUUGGCGAGCAUCUAGCCUAUGAAUAUGCAGAAAGAGGUGCAUGCUUAGUGCUUACAGCUAGAAGACAAGGAAGCCUAGAUGAAGUUGCAGACUUAUGUCUUCAGUUGGGCUCACCCGAAGCAAUAGUGGUGCCUGGUGAUGUUACCAAAGUCGAAGAUUGUCGCCGAAUCAUUGAGGCUACUAUAGGGCACUAUGGAAGAUUGGACCAUUUGGUCAAUAAUGCUGGUAUUAUCGGGGUUAGUCAAUUUGACGAUUUAGAAGAUGUCACCAGAAUGAGGCCUGUUAUGGACAUUAAUUUCUGGGGCUCAGUGUAUAUGACCCGAUUUGCAAUCCCAUACCUCAAAAAUACUGCUGGAAAAAUUGUUGCUAUGUCGUCUUCAGCGUCCUGGAUGCCUGUACCGAGAGAAAGUUUCUACAAUGCAAGCAAAGCUGCAAUGUUAGCGUUCUUUGAGACACUCAGGGUGGAACUAGGUUCCGAAGUUAAGAUAACGAUUGUUACACCCGGUAUAAUAGAGUCUGAGUUUUCCAAGGGCAAGGUCUGGACAGAGAGUGGCAUGAAAGUGGAUCAAGAAUUAAGAGAUGUACAAGUGAAUGUAAUACCAGUGGCAACGGUUGAAGGGACUGCAAAGUCCAUCGUUCGCAGUGUAUGCAGGGGUGAUCGAUACGUGACAGUCCCAGCAUGGUUUAAAGUGACAUACUUCUUGGAGAUGUUAUGCCCUGAGGUGCUCGAGUGGGCAUAUCGUUUGAUGUUCCUAAUAAGCACAGACAGUACACCAACAGGAGCAAUGGGGAAACAUACAGUGGAUUUUCCCGGGGCAAAGGAAAUGCUAUAUCCUGCUGGUAUCCAGUCUGCAGAUAUCAAGAGGAAGUAAGUGAAGGGUUUUUAGUCUUGAAAUCUCAAGAUGAGUAACAUCAAAUUGCUUUGGGUUUUUGUGUUCUGAUCUCUUAACGCUUUUAUCUAUGUAAAAUGUAAGUCAUCCUAAAAAUUAUGCAGAUAUUGUCAAUAGUUAAUAAUGUUUUGUGGCAACAUUUAUGGUAUAAUUGGAAUAAAGUUGUUUGAACUCAA